UUCAGUAUAGUCUAGACUGCCGCGGAGGAAGGAACUAACUGGGAUAGAGGAUUAAGGAUUUUAAGGACCUAAAAUGGAGAAAACUAAAGCCAAGGAGCUGGAUCAGUCUGGAGACUCGAUCCUCAAGAAGCGCGAUGCCAUCUGGCCAUUGGUUCUAUUCUACAUCCAUGUGAAUAUCCUAGGGGUCUACGGCAUUUACAUUCUGCUCACUAGUGCUUCGUGGGCCACGAUUUUAUUCACUGCCCUAUUAACUCUGCUUGGCACUUUGGGCGUGACAGUGGGUGUUCAUCGUUUGUGGGCGCACAGGACCUUCACCGCCUCCAAACCCUUGAAGGUUUUCCUCAUGUUCUGCCAGACGACCGCCGGUCAGGGCUCCAUCUACAGUGUGGUGCAGGCCCAUCGACUGCAUCACGCCAAGUUCCAGCAGGACGAGGAUCCCUACUACAGUAAACAAAGCUUCAUGUACGCCCAGGUGCGAGGGGGUCUGCUGAAGUACUCUCCCCAGCAGGAGGAACUGCUCAAGGAUGUGGAUAUGUCGGAUCUGGAGAGUGAUCCCAUUGUCAUGUUCCAAAAGCGGUUCUAUGUCCUGCUCUACAUCUUCCUCAACGUCCUACUCUCGAUAAACACCCCAUUUCAGUACUUUGGGGACUCUUUGGCCACCUCCAUGUUUGUGGGCUUCUGGCUGCGCAGCCUGAUUGUUAUAAACCUGGGGAACCUGGUCAACUCAUCCCACUUUAUCUGGAGCAUCCACAAGGGCUUCAAGCCCACGGACUCGAAUAGUAUCUUCUUGAUCACGAAAAGCUACUGGCCGCAGUAUCAUUACUUACUGCCGCGGGAUUAUCAGAGUGGGGAAUAUGGGGACUAUGCUUCGGGUAUUGGAUCUGCCAUGAUCCGGGUAUUUGCCGCCCUUGAUUGGGCCAAGGAUCUGAAGACCAUUGGAUCGGUGGCAGUUCGACAGGGUCUUACAAAGGCGGUGGAAACUGGUAGACCCAUUGUCGAGUGCAUCGAGGAACAGGUGGAGCUGGAGGAGAACCAACUGCCGGCCAACCAUUUCCUCAACCGGGAAAAGUUUAUGUGAGCACAUUGCAUCAUCGUGGGGCACUAAAAAGAUGCGACAAAUGGUCGCGUCAGUCGUAAAAAUAAAUUAACCGCCAUCGAGAGGGCGGGGUAGAGUAAA